ACCAGGCUGUUCGUGACGUCAUCGUACAGUUAACCCUAACUCGGAACCUAACCAGUGUCGUUAUUAUGCUUGACGGGAACCUUUCCGCCUUUGCGCGUUACCUUCCUUCGGUCUGACUUAGUAAUUCCCACCUUCAGAAAGAGUUUAAUUCGAUCCAUUAUUCACGCACAUGUCUCGGUCCGUUAUUAACGCGAGUAUCCCGCAUUUUAAGGCGUGUAACACGGCCUAGGUGACCGCAUGGCAGUAGCGUUUCACGCCGCACGCUCGAUUCCUCAAGCGCAUCAGCCCGUAGCUCUAGCCGCCGCAGAACCCGCCGCAAUGAACGGCGUCCGGUCCGAAAAGCCUUACGAUGAGUACUCUUUGCGAGAUGACUAUAACGAGUACGGCGCGCAUGACGAUAUAGAGGACAUUUCUCAGGAGCAUCAACUUUCUGGUUACCACAACGGUUUCGCGUACGAUAGUAGAGGUUAUGAUAACACGGGUUAUGAUAACACGGGUAAUGGGCCUGUUGAGGAAUUGUACGGUGAUCCUGACGCCACGUGGCACGACCAAUCGCAGCAGCAAAUGCAGCAGCAGCAACGACAAGAGCAGCAUCAGCAACAGCAGCAGCGGGGAAAGAAGAUUCAGAAAAAGACGUCAACGCAGCAAGCAAUUGCCAGGAGCAGAAGCACGGAGGAGAGUAAAGGAGCUCCCAGGGAAAGGUACAGGGAGAAAGGACGCGGAAGGCACAGGGAUAGCUAUAAUGACGUGGAGUAUUUAAGGGACGAAGGGGAGGAUGGAGAAGCGGAAGAGCCGGAGGACGACGUCGGCGAACCUGGAGGAGAUCUUUCUAUUAACGGGGAUAGGCGACGCAUUGUUAGCGCUGAAGCUUGUAUCGCGGAUAAUGGGGAUGCGGUGGUUGGAGAGGUGCUGGAUCCGAUAGUAGACGUUCCGAAGCCUAAUAACGAGUGGGACGACAUUCCGUUGGGUUAUUCCAUUUCUACACCAGUAGGCAACUAUCCUAACCAGCAUCCUGAUGCGCUAAGACAGAGCAUCUUCAAACGGGGACGUGGUGUACAGGUCCUAGACGAGAAGAAGUUAGAGGAGCAUAAGCAGCGGCAGGAGGAGCAGCAGCAGCAGCAGCAGCAGGAGGGAGAUCUAGCAGCGGAGGAGCACAUAGACCCGUGGUUAAGGGCCCCAGUAAGGAAAGUUACUGCGUGGCUUGAAAAAACUGCUGUAGUUGAUCCAACGGCCCCUGCCCCAGCUCCUGCUCCUGCCGUUGAUGCUCCUGCUGUUGCCGCCCCUGCUGCUGCUGCUGCUGCUGGGGAGGAGGGGGAGUGGGAGGCAGUAGGGGAGGAUGAGGGAGCGGAAGGGGUGGAGAGAGAGAAGAGCCGAGGGUGUGAGGAAGAGGAGGAGGGGAAAGAGGAGGAGGAAGAGGAAGAGGAGGAGGAAGAGGAGGAAGAGGAGGAGGAAGAGGAGGAGGAAGAGGAGGAGGAAGAGGAGGAGGAGGAGGAGGUAGAGGAAGAGGAGAGAAGGAAUGAAGAGUUUAGAAAUGGCUCGGUUGAAAAUGGUGAUCAGGGUGAGGGUGGACUCUAUGAUGAUGAUGAUGCUGGCUAUAACGAGUACAACGAGGAUGCUUAUGAAGGGUACGACAGGGCGAGGGGUUUGGAGGGGUAUGGGAUUGAGAGACAGCGGCAGGGGUUGGUUGGAAGCGGUGGGGACAGAGGGUUUGGGGAAGGUGGAGAGGAGGGAGAAGAAGAGGAAGAGGAGGAAAGGGAGGAGGGGGAGGAGGGCGGCUGGGAGGGCGAGCAGGAUGAGGGGUUUAACCAACUAGGGCAGGCUGAGGAAGGGUUUAAAACAGAAGCUUAUGCGCAGGAUUCUGCAUACGCAAACGUGCACACACAUGCAUACGCACAGGGUCAGUCACAGCCACAUGUGCAUGAUAGCAUGCGGGCGGCGGGAGGGGGUGGGGAGGACGAGAAGGCACGGUGGGCUGAGAAGUGUGCUUCGAGGCUGAAGGAGUGGGAGAGAGAGGAGGAUGAGGACGACGAUGGGGUGGAGGAGGGGAGAGAAGCGGAGGAGGAGGAGGGAGGAGAGAAGGGAGAGGAGGAUGAGGAAGAAGAGGAGGAAGAGGGGGAAGAGGGGGAGCGUGAAGAAGAAGGGGCAGGGGAUGGCGACAUGUAUGGGCAAGACUACCGGCACAGCGGACAUGGGGAGGGGGAGUAUGGCGAAAGGGAUUAUGGCGAAAGGGAUUAUGGUGAGGAGGAGUAUGGGGAGGGAGGGUACGGAGGGGGGGAGUAUCGGGAGGACGAGUAUCAGGAAGACGAGUAUGGGGGGAAGGGGUAUGAGGAGAGAGGCGAUUUGGAAGAGUAUGAAGUCGAGGAGGGGGAGGAGGGAGCAGAGGGAGAGGAGGCAGGCUAUGGCGUGGUGGGAGCAUGGCAGGAAGGGGAGGUGGCCGACAUGUACGGGUCAAUGGAUGUGACGCAGCGUGCACCUGGUUUGAGGCAGCCGUUGGGCGUGCACGAGCCACCCAAGGCAGCUAAGCAGCAGGCGUUGCAGGACGAGGAGCAGGAAGCAGAGCUGAAUCGCUCCCAAGGGGCGGCUGUGGUAACCGCACGGGCAAUCGCUCUUGUUCCGUCCACCCCUCUCGCUCGCCCUGCUGCCACAGCCAAAGCGACUGCCUCAGCCAAAGCGGCUGCCGCUGCCAGUGCCAGUGACAGGCAGCUGACCUCCCAGCUGUCCUCUCAGCUCAGCUCACAGCAGUCUCUGGGGAAAUCGUCCAGCCAGGGCUCUGCCACCCCUCGCGGGUUGGCUACUCCGCAGGGGUCGCAGGGAGGAGGAGCAGCAGGAGGAGGAGGAGGGUACGAGCCUCACCAGGCCCAGCUCGCUUACGGGUCUCCCAUGGGGAUCAGCCCCUCUCCUGCUGCUGCUGCCGGCUAUGCAUCACCUGUGGGAUCGGCAGGCAAGGCGGGUGUUGGUCGUAGUGCUGGCGCUGGUGCGCCUGCUGCCGCUGGGGGUAAGCGGAUGGGUAGGCUUGGUGCUGCUUCUGGUGCGGGGGAUGGUGUGGGCAGUGGGGGGGAGAGUGAUGGCAGUGCGAGGAGCGGGGGGAGCAGGGGGAACCCGGGGAAGGUGCUACCUGAGGGGAGGGGGUUUGGCAGCCCCGUCAGGGGGCGAAUGGGAGGGGGGGUGUAUGGUGAAGGGGCACGGGGUGAUCUAGGGGACGAGUACGAGGAGAAUUAUGAUGGGUAUGGUGUGGAGGAUCAGCAGAAUGAGUAUUGGCGGCAGCAGCAGCACCAGCAGCAGAAGCAGCAGCAGCAGUUUCCGGCGCGUCAAACAGGCAUUAGCAACAGCAAUGGCGGCGGUUGGGAUGGUGUAGGUGGAUAUGGGGCACAAGGGGACGGUGGGAUUCAUCGUGGGUAUGGGAAUGGGUUCAGGGAUGGGUAUGAUAACGAGUUUGGGGAUGGGUAUGGUGGUACCCACAUGCAAGCACAGCAGAGCCGCUAUCCCACCGCCAGGCGUGACGAUUCAGGUGCUAGUCGUGAGGCGCCUGAGACCUAUUCAGGUGCAGGCAACAGCUUUGGGCCGUCGGAUCCCUUUGACUCCCAGCCCUCCUCCGACCCCCAGCAGUCCUACUCCCAGUAUUCUGACCUGCAAAACUCGUACUCGCAACCGUCUGACCCCGCAACCUCCUUCUCUCAGAACUCUAACCCCCAGCAACAGUACCCGCAUGGGCCCCAGCAAUCCUACUCCCAGCAUCAACAGCAGCAUCAGCAUCAGCAACAGCAGCUGUCAUAUCCCGAGGCCCCCCAGCAGCCGUACCCGCCGUACGACGAGCAGCACAGCGUGCAAAGCCCAUAUUUCCACCCCUCCAAUCUUCCCCAAGAGAACUUUGAGCCUGCCCGGUAUGGGCCAGGCAACAUGCCGGCCACAACGCCCCGGCGGGCAGCAAAAAAGUCCAUCCAGUUCCAAUCUGUGCCUGCAGACGGUUACGGGCAGCUGCAUGAGGAGGAGGGGCAGCAGGAAGAAGUUUUCUGCCCCCCUAUCACUCCUGGUCGCUCCACCGGGGGUGGUGGGGGUAGAGGAGUGAAAGGGAGUGGGCAGGGUGGGAGACUGAGUGAAGACGAAGGGAGGGGAUCCUUCCAAGAGUGGAAUCAGCAGCAGCAGCAGCAGCAGCAGUUUGUGUCGCCACCACCACCACCACAGCAGUUGCAGUAUGCUCCUACCACUCCAGGACGAACGAAGAAAGCCAUGGGGGGGAAUCAUCAGCCAAUCACACCGCGACACGUGUCGUCAGCAUCGCAAGCGCAAGUGGGAGGAAGGGGCGGGGUUGGUGGUGGUGAGGUGAGAUUUGAUCCUGUUACACCGAGAUUUGAUCCUGUUACACCGAGAUUUGAUCCUGUUACUCCUAGACGGAGCAAACACCAGAAUCAGUCACACCCUCAAAACCCUUACCAGCAGCAGCAGCAGCAGCAAUACCAACUCGAGCAGCAGCAGCAGUAUGGCUUCCAGCAAGAGGAAGCACCAGCAGCAGAGCCGGUUACAAGGCGCAAGCAGCGCGUGGCCUUUGAUGACCAGGUCGAGGAAGCUUAUAUCGAGGACGGGGACGUGCAGCCUCCUGCGAGGUCGCUUAGCAUUAGGAGAGGAGAAAAGGCGAGAGGGGGGAGAGCAGGGGCGCAGGCACAGAGGUGGGGUGAGGAGAGGAGGGAAGACAAUUGGCAGGAGGGAGGAGGGAGGGAGGAGAGGCGUGGGCGGAUUCAAAGGCCGAUGGAGGAGGGAGAGGAGGAGGGAGGGAGGGGGAAGAGGUAUGGGGGUGAUGGGGGUCGCACUCCCAGGAAGGGGGGAGAAGGGAGGGGAGGCGAAGGGAGAGAAGGAAGAGGGGAAGGGAGAGGGGAAGGGAGAGGAGAAGGAAGAGGAGGGGAGUGGAGGGGGGAAGAAAGGGAGGGGCGGAAGGGGGAGGGGGUUAGUAGCGGAGUGAUGAAGCGGCAGCUGAGUCUGAAGCUGUCAGUUCCCACAACCCCAGGAGGGGGAGGAGGAGGAGAGGCAGGGGGGGCGUACCGAAGCGGGCCGAAGAGCGUGAGAGGGCGCAGUAAGAGCGGCGCUUGGGAGAUGGAUGAAGGGGAGAGGAGGAGAGGAGGGGGAGCAGCAGGAGGAGGGGGAGGGGGAGGAGGAAGAGCAGGAGCAGAGAUAGUCCCGAAAACGCCCAAGACCCCAAGGGGGGGUGGUGGUGGUGGCGGUGGUAGUGGUGGAGGUAGCUAUGGUGGUGGUGGGGAUGGCUUUUCUCGCACGCGGACGUUUGAGAGAGGGGAGAGGUCGGCCGAAGGAGCAGGGAGGAAGAGUGCAGAGAGGGGGGGUUCCGGCCAGGGAAAGACCAGCAGCAAGGAUAUGAGGGAGAGAGGAGAGAGGGGGGAGAGGGGGGAGAGAGUGCAGGGCGCUGCAUCGGGGGCAACGAGGAGGAUAGAAGUGACUAAGAGUAUGUCUAGUAAGGAUAUGGGGAAGAGCGGGGGAGGGGCGAAAGAGGUCAGCAAGAGCACAAGCUUUUCGCUGAAAGCAGCUCUGUUUGGGCGGGAGUCCAAGGAGGGGAGGGGAGGGAGGGAGAAGGAGGGGAAGGAGGGGAGAGAGGGGAGAGAAGGGAGGGAUAGGGACAGAGAGAGGACGAGAGAGAGGGAGAGGGACAGGGACAGGGAGAGGGAGAGGGAGAGGGAGAGGGAGGGGAAGGAGGGGAAGGAGGGGGGAUGGUCAAGAAGUCGAACGAUGGACAACACGGAAGUGCGGAUGCAGAGGCAGCUGAGCCACAAGAGGGGGGCGUAUUGAGAAGAUAGGGUCAGAAACUGUGGACGAGAGGUAGGAGGGAGAGCGUGGAGGGAGGGAGGGAGGGAGGGCAAAGGAUUUGGGCAGUGGAGUGGAGGAGGUGGGGCCGAACGAUGGACACCACAGAAGUGUGGAUGCAGAGGCAGCUGAGCCACAAGAGGGGGGCGGAGGGCAAUGGUCUGGACAGUGGAGGAGUGGAGGGAGGGGAGCUGCUGCUGAUGGAGGUGCUCAGUGCUCACACAAGUGACGAUGCACAAGCAGCAGCUGCUGAGCUACAAGAGGGGGCGGCACUGAGGUGACUUUUGAGUCGACUCAAAAGUCACCAAGAGGGGGCCGCACUGAAAUGGCCGUAGUGAUGAUGAUGAUGCUGACCUUGGAAAAUGUUACCGCAUGUAGGGGAGAAGGAUCACCCUGUCCUGUACAUUAGUGGCUCACCCAAAUCUGUCUGUCCAUGUCCACCCGUCACAUCACAACUUAUGAAUGUACGGUACGGUACCUUGUUUGCGUUACGAGUCAACCACGAGUAUACUUCAUCAGUUUUCAUGGGUCUUUCUGCUGAGAGCCUGAGAAGAGUGGGUUUGAGUCUACUGAGGCCACUUCCUGUU